UCCCCCUUCGGGCCCCUCCCCCUCCACCGGGACAAAAGACCCCCGAGUUGGCCACUGCUCCAUGCGCUCACUUGGGACAGGCGGGGACACGGCGGGAGCUCGACUCUGGCGCGCUCUGCUGGGACGAGACUCGAGCUCCCCCCGCUACCCCCGGGGGUCCUCUGCCGUCGCGUAAACACUCCUUGGGUGCCACUUGGCGUGCAGAGUCCUGCGGACCCCCCGCCGCGAGGGGGCUCGCAGCGCUUCGGGUUCGGAAGGGGCUGCCUGGGACUCGCAAGACAGGGGGACCUGCAGGGGAGGUUCGUGAGGCCGAGCGGGCAAAGAGCGGCGCAUCCGCCCGUAGCGGCGACGGCAUCGGCAUCGUCAGCGGGGAUCGUUUUCGUCCACGAUGGUCGCCGACGUGGGGGAGCGGGCGGAGGAGGCCCCGUCACGGGUGCGCCGUGGGCCCCCGUGCUGCGGACCGGGGACCCGGGCGCGGCAGCUGCUGCACCACCUGGCCCCGCACGCGCUGCUCACCACGCUUUUGGUGCUGUACGCCCUGGCGGGGGCCCUCGCCUUCAGCUACCUGGAGCGCCCCGCCGAGCAGGAGGCCCACGAGAACGCGAGCGAGGAGGCCCAGCGCACGCUGAGUCACCUCGUCAAGAACAUCAUCGACGCGGUCCGCACCAACGUCUGCUGCACCGGGGAGGUGUGGAACAGCAGCAUGAGCGGCGCUCUGGAGGAGAUGCUGCGCCUGCACCUGCUGGGGGCCGGGGUGGGCUCCACGCCCCCUGACCAGGCCAAGUGGAGCUUCAUGGGCGCGCUCUUCUUCUGCUGCACCAUCUUCACCACCAUCGGUUACGGUAACAUCUCCCCAGUGACUAGUGUCGGUAAGGUGCUGUGCAUGGCCUACGCCACGCUCGGCAUCCCCAUCAUGCUACUGGUGGUGGCCGACGCGGGCGACCUAUUGGCCGCCGGCCUCACGCGCCUCUACACCACGUGCCGCGACCGCUGCUCCUCCACCCUCGAGCGUUGGAGACGACGAGAGAAAGGCCACGACGGCGACAAGAAGGGUGCGCGGGAGCAGCGCCGGUGGUGGUGGGCCCAGAAGCGCCGCUCCCGCCGUGGCGGCGGUGAGGGAGAGCCGGAUGGGCUCCGUGGCGCGGACGGGCCUGCGGGAGCCCUCGUGGGAGAGAACGGCCGCACUGAGCUGGACGGUCUGCUUCUGUCAGCCAAACCUAGCAAUGGCGGUGGCGGCGCGCCGCCCGCUUCGGACACCGCGCCGGACCCCUGCUCGGUGCGGAGGUCGGGUUCGGUGCUGAGGUCGGGGUCCGUGCGCAGUGGCGACCACGUCCUGCUCGAGUUCCAGGCGCUGCGGCGGCUCAGGUCGCUGAGGAACAGCAUAGCAGCGCCACCGGACGAGAUGUCGCUCUUCGGGACGACCGGCGCGCUCCGGGGCGUGCGCCAUCGGUCGCCGAGCGACGCCGUGGCAAUGGUGGUGGCGCCGGGCGGGAGGUCCGUGGUGGUGGAGUUGGAGGAGUUCGCCGGCGUCUGGGCGGCGCCGGCGGCGUCAGACGGCGCGACGCUCCUCCGUGCCGGCGUGGGGCAGCGCCGGCUGUCGGAGGGCGGCGGCGUUCGGCCCGUGGCCGGAGCCCGGUUGGAGCGCAGCCGCUCGUGGCCUGGCGUGACGGGCGUGGCCGACGCCGCCACCAAGAUCCGCUGGAUCGGGGAGCUGGCCGAGCAGCUGGAUGUGCCGGUGCGGCUCAUCUUGGCGACGCUGGCGGCGUACGUGGCGCUGGGCGCCCUCAUGAUGCCCUUCUGGGAGGAGUGGAGCUAUCUGGACGCCUUCUACUUCUGCUUCGUGACCAUGACCACAAUCGGCCUGGGCGACAUCGUGCCCAGCCACCCCAACUACUUCCUGCUCAUCUCCAUUUACAUCGUCUUCGGCAUGGCCGUCAUGUCGGCCGCCUUCAAGCUCACGCAGGACCGCAUCUUCGCGUGCUACCGCCGGCUCGUCACGUCGCGGCACCGCCUGUGCCGCCGUUGCCUGGCGUGCGGGAGCGGCCCGGGCGCGGGGGCCGAGGGGUGACCCCCGUGUGAACUCCGGCGUUCGACCUGGACCCCCCGUUCCGCCCUGCCGUUAGCCCUGUGGGGCCAGGGCGGGGUUUGGGUGGAAGACACGAACAGACGUGGCCACGGACAGAUUAAUAAAGUGCAGCCAGGCGCGAAUAUUUUCACGGAACUGUAAUGCAAAUCUUGAUUUUAAGCUUUCGUGAUGCAGAUGUAGAACGUGAGCCGGUGGUGACGCCGGCAGUAGUGGCAGUAGCGGUGGCAGCGUUUGCUGGGCCCCCACGGCCGCUUGUGCGAGGGCCCCGCGGCGCUUGUCGUGUUGGGGCGCGACGGAGACCCACACCACGUGCCGCCCUCUUCCGCCCCAGUUGAACAUAGCGGCGAAUUAAAAAUAACAUCAAACGAACAAACCUCAUAACCCCGUGGGGAGUGGGGGGGGGGGCAGCGUGGGGAGACAUCUCAAUUUAGCAGGGCCCUCCUGAAAACAUUCUUCAGUGAGGAGGCUCUCCUGGGUAAAUACAUGGCACCGUUAUUGUUGUUAUUGAUUGCAGCGAUUAGUGAGCGAUUCGAGCGGUUCGUGGUGUGAUGGUGCAAGUCCCAUCGUGGGGGGGAGGGCUAGAUCCGAGGACGGGGGGGGGCUUGAGCAACGUCAGAUCUCGUGCGGUGUCGUCAUUGCUAACCAGCUUGUGAGUGAGUAGCUAGUUAAUGAAUCGAUUGUAGUUAUGAUUUAAGCUCCGCACGCGACUGCAAUAACCUCUUGAUUCGUCAUGAGCAGCUGCUGGUGACGUCACUCAGGGAGACCCCGUGCGGGGCGGGGGGGUGUGCGGGGGAUGCCCCCCCCCCCCCAGACCGCGAUACUGUCGGGUCGCCUAAUUGGAAUAGGAUAACGCUAUUUAAUAAUAAUUAUUAUUAUAGCACGGGUAACAUCCAUAAGCGCACAGAGGAUGGAGGAGGAGGGGUGGGGUAAACUAAAGCGGAGGGAGUCUCAGUGUUGUAAGCGCACGUGUGCGUGUGCAACGUUUGUACUGGCGAUUUAUAAAACUUCCGAUUUCUACUUUUCGUGCUGCGUGGGCCCGUGUGCUGUUUUCCGUGCUGCGUGGGUGAGGUCGAGCUGCUGCGGUGUGUAAAUAUCGCCACUGGGGAGACAAAGGCGGCCGGGUAUAUUGCUGGCAACCCACCCCAAC